AUGCUUAACGAAGCUGCUGCUCCGCGCGAUGCCCAACUCGAAAUCCUGCGAGCCGACUACCAGCAGCGAAUCCAAAGCCUUCGCGAUGAUCAGCUCCUCAAAUUCUCGAUCAAUAAGGAGCUUCAAUCGAACGCCUAUUGUUUGAUUCACGAGACGUGCGCCAUCAAUCGGGCGAUCGCGUUCGAGAGCACCUGGGAGACGGUGGCGCGAGUCGUCGCCGAACUCGCGCCGCCCGACUUCAUACUCGACAAACCGCGCUUCAUGCACUACUGGAAUCGAUUCUACGAGCUCGAGCGAAAGCUGCUCGUCGAGGAGAGCAAACGGAAGCGCGAGAUCUGCCGAAUGAACUUGAUGUUGAGGAUCAUCGAGACCGACGCUGAUGAGCCGUCGGGAUACAUUCGGACGGCCACCAAGAAUUGUGGCGAUCUCUACCGACGUCAAUGCCCGUCUUGCGGACCAUCGCAGCCGAGAGCUCAAGUCAAAGAGGAAGUGGCGAUCGUCGAGAGGAAUGGACUCGAUGAAGCGAUGGGCGAGCAGCCUGUGCUAUGUGCAGUUCAAAAUUGGCGUCAAAAUAGUGCUCAAAGUCCAAUUCUCGAGAAUGAGAGCGACUCUUCGGCAGGAUCAACACUGGAAAGCUAUCAGCUUACACCCGAUUCUGGCCAUAUUGUAGUGUCGCCGAUCAUGUCUGAUGGCAACGUCUCAAGAAGCCCAUCGCAAUGCUCAGGAUUCUCGGGAACCGGGGGCAACGAGCGACAAAUGAAUUCCAUGUUCCAUGAGAGUUUGAAGAUCAGCGAGGUGGAUUCAGAUGAAUCGCGACGACGUCAUCAUCUCGAAUGCGACGACGACGAGAAUCCGAAGCGACGCAGGCUGACGUGA